AUGUCCUACUCCAGCUCGAGUAGCGAUUCCGACGAGUCGAUCGAGAUCCCCGAAGACCUUAACUCGACCCAGUUCCUUCUCUUCGCCGGCUUUUCGGAGGACACAGCCAACGUCAUCUGGCAGUCGUGGAACUCACACGGCAUCGAGCGCUUCUGGGUUGUCGACGAUGCAAAACACUACGUACGGGAGAAAGGGAGAAUGAGAGAUGCGGUCGGCGCUUCCGACGAUUGGCAUGGCUCCCUGCGUGAAAUGGGAAUGUCGGAUGACUUUUGUCGACGCGUCUUAGAUCCGGCUUUUGACUCGGUUCGGUUGACCGAGUGUGCCUGUUUCUGGGCGCUGGAUACCAUCGACGAGGCUUUCGCCUACCUCUCGUCUUUAGAUCAUCGGAUUCAACAAAAGCGACGCAUGCAAGAAAUUUCUCGCAUGGGAUCCCCUGACGAAAGCGUCUUGCCUCGACCAGGUAUACGCUCGCAAGGGCUUCAACCGGGCGGGGCCGCGCCUAUUCCAACGCUUGCCCUCGUCGCAACGCCCCCUCCCGAGCAAGUCGAGGGCCGCACCAUGUUCUACAAGGGGGGCAGCCAGAUACGCCUCGAGUCCUGCGUUGCCGACGAUGGCACCAUUAAUAUGUUUGCUCGUCGGUCAUCGGCCCCUACCGACUUCCACCUUACGAAUGGUCACUACGUUUACUUGACUAAACAACGCGAGAUUGCGCACACGUAUGCUCGGUUCGUCGAAGCACGGGUUCCAUCUUCUAAGGCGGCCAUCCUUCAAAUCGCCAUUCCCCGUGAUCUAGUCGACGAUCCACUCGAAAUUUUCGGCGAUGACUGGCGCGAGCUGAUCUGGCACUCCCGCAAGGGGGGACGGCGACUUCCUGCAAACCUACAGCAGUACGUCGAAGCCUCCAUCUUGGUAGGCCCAGUGUGCAGCGAUGGCAUGCAUUUGGUUUCUCGAAUGUCAGACAAAGCCGAGCUAUCGAUGAUGAAGCUUUCAAAUGGGAGCAAGGGAUCCCAGUGGGCCAUCCAGAGCGUUGCCCGGUUGGAGCAGAUUGACGAUGCGUGCUCGGGUUUUCUUUGGGUGACGCCAGUGGUGGAUCAUACUACGGGGCAAGGCCAAGGCCGUCGGGUUUCAGCCCGGAAUACCUGGAUGUGA